AUGGUGGUUAGAUCACACAGAGUGAUGCUCAUGUUUCAGUGUAACUUCAUCAUGGAGCAGGCUGGCGCUGACAUCUUGCCUCCAGCUCUUCCCUCCUGGAAGCCCAGCGCCAUGCAGGAUCCACCCCGGAGGCUUUCUGCUGUGCCAUUCCUCAGCUCCUUUUUCCAGGGCCGACGACACUCUGCCUCCGACCCCAUCGUGCGACUGCAGCAGGGGCGGCGCAGCUCCACUGCCAAGAUGCUCUCGUCAUCCUCUCUCCAGGUGAUGGUGGCCAUGUCCUCCGUCAGCUGUGCUGAGAGAAACCCAACUUGCCCCGAGAGAAAAAGAAAUUCAGGACGUCCAACACCAAAGUAUACAAAAGUUGGAGAGCGUUUACGGCAUGUCAUUCCUGGACAUAUGGCCUGUUCCAUGGCAUGUGGUGGCAAAGCUUGCAAGUAUGAAAAUGCAGCCCGUUGGAGUGAACAGGAGCAAGCUAUUAAGGGGAUCUACUCGUCCUGGGUCACUGAUAAUAUCCUGGCCAUGGCACGCCCAUCCACUGAGCUCCUCGAGAAGUACUGCAUCAUCGAGCAGUUCCGAAGCCACGGCAUAAAAAGUAUCAUCAACCUGCAGCGUCCUGGUGAGCAUGCCAGCUGUGGGAACCCUCUGGAACAAGAAAGUGGCUUCACAUACCUUCCUGAAGCUUUCAUGGAGGCUGGCAUUUACUUCUACAAUUUUGGAUGGAAGGAUUAUGGUGUCGCAUCCCUUACCACCAUCUUAGAUAUGGUGAAGGUGAUGACAUUUGCCUUACAAGAAGGAAAAGUAGCUAUCCAUUGUCAUGCCGGGCUUGGUCGAACAGGUGUUUUAAUAGCAUGUUACUUAGUUUUUGCAACAAGAAUGACUGCUGACCAAGCAAUUAUAUUUGUUCGGGCAAAGCGACCUAAUUCCAUACAAACCCGAGGACAGCUACUAUGUGUAAGGGAAUUUACUCAGUUUCUGAUUCCUCUUCGCAAUAUAUUCUCUUGCUGUGACCCCAAGGCACAUGCUGUCACCUUAGCACAGUAUCUCAUUCGUCAGCGGCAUCUGCUUCAUGGCUAUGAGGCACGACUUCUGAAACAUGUACCCAAAAUUAUCCAUCUCGUGUGCAAAUUGUUGCUGGACUUAGCAGAGAACAGGCCAGUAGUGACGGAAGAAGUGGCAGAAGUACCUGGCCUCUCUGCUGAAAUUGAAAAGACUGUUUCUGAGAUGGUCACAAUGCAGCUGGAUAAAGAGUUACUGAGACAUGACAGUGAUGCAUCGGACUCUUUCACCCCCAGUGCAGUGGUGGCAGAUUUUGAGAAUCAGGAUGUGAUUCUUUCCAGUGAGCAAGAGUUUGACCCUCUUUGGAAGAGGCGGAAUGUUGAGGGCCUUCAGCCCCUGACUCGUCUGCAAAGACAGCUCAGCUACAGUGACUCGGACUUAAAGAGAGCCGAGUCACUUCUAGAGCAAGGGAGGACUCCGUGGACAGUGCCUGCCCAGGCCUUGCUUUGCCAUAACCCCAGGCAGCAGAAGCCCAUAAGCCAUUGUUACUCCCCACAGUCUCCACAGCUAGAUUUAAAUAAGGAAACGCUGGUCCACAGUACAUUUUCUUUCUGGAAUCAUGCUAAAUUUGGAGGCCUGGAAGGACUCAAAGAUGACAGGUCAUCAAUUUUCCAUAGGACGAACAUUCCAAAGGAAGUACAGCGAAGUAGAACCUUCUCUUCCUGUAUUUCAGGUUCAUACAACCCUGGGGAACCAGUUACACCAAAUUUUGCAAAUAUCCCUAAGGAACUAAACUGUUCUCACCAGCAAGUGUCCCACUGUGAGUGUGAAACUCGUGGUGGUUGUAGCCCAAGCUCUGUUACGGAGGACAGUGAGACUUGCCACCGCCCCGUGGACUGUGCGUCCAGUCCCAAAGCACAAUUCUUGGCUGGACCUGAAACCCGGGAUAGCAAAUACCUGUCUGAGGGUGCUCCAUACAUGGCUUUACAUUCUGACUUGAGUGUUGAAGCAAGGAGAAUACUGGCAGCCAAAGCCCUGGCAAAUUUAAAUGAGAUUGCAGAAAAGGAGGAAGUGAAAAAGAAGGUAGAAAUGUGGCAGAAAGAACUAAAUUCCCGAGAUGGAGCUUGGGAAAGAAUAUGUGGCGAAAGGGAUCCUUUCAUCCUGUGCAGUUUGAUGUGGUCUUGGGUGGAGCAGCUGAAGGAGCCUGUGAUAACCAAAGAGGACGUGGACAUGUUGGUUGACAGAUCUGCGGAUGCCGCAGAAGCACUGUUUUUAUUAGAGAAGGGCCAGCAACAGACUAUUCUUUGCGUGUUGCAUUGCAUAGUGAGCCUGCAGAUGAUUCCCGCCAACGUGGAGGAAGCCGUUCUUGCACGUGCCAUUAAAGCCUUCACUAAGGUUAAUUUUGAUUCUGAAAAUGGACCAAUAGUUUACAACACCCUGAAGAAAAUAUUUAAGCACACGCUGGAAGAAAAAAGAAAAAUGACAAAAGACGGCCCUAAGCCUGCCAUUUAGUGAAGCUGACUUUCCCCUUGUGAAUAUUUCAGACCUGAAGAUCUAGAUGGCAUUUCUGCUCAUAGCUGAACAAGCUGAAAUGUGGAACUGCUUCGUCUCAUAGCACUUUAUUUCAGAUGCUCUUGGUUUGUGCUAAGAAUGCUUGUUCCUGUUUGGAGCAAUUAUUUAUUUUAGAAUAUCCUUGAGUUACAUUUUUGUGUUGAAAAAUUGCCAUAAAGUUGGUGCCACUUCUUUUAUUUAUUUAACUGGAUUAAUAUUGUUGUAUUAAUAUUUUAAGAAUGUGGUAUUUACAUCCUUAUUCUUUUUGACAUUUUGGAAAAAGUUUUAACUCU